GACAAAACGUAUCUACAGUAUUCGAUUGAGUAGACUGCUGAUUUUAAAAGGAUGUAGAAGCGUGUUGACUAAGGCAUAUAGUCUUUUUUCCAAUUACCAUAGUGGGUUUAGUAGAAAGUGAAACUAAAAAUGGCUCAGACAAGUUCCUUAUCAUCAUUGUUAAACCUCAGACUGAAGAUGGUGGACUCCCAAUAUUACCUCCCAAGUGACAUUGGCAUCUCUGUUCUUGACUGUGGCGAGGCCUUCCGAUUGCUUUCACCUCAGGAGAAGAUGUAUGCCCACUACCUGUCACGCGCUGCCUGGUUUGGCAGUCUGGCAGUGCUGCUGCAGACAUCCCCAGAGUCUGCAAACAUUUUUGUCUUGCUGCAGAGAAUCUUCAGGAAGCAGAAGCCAGCACAACUGGAACAGGUCGCCACAGCAGCUGGACUCAGCUCUGAGGAGUACCAGGCCUUCUUGGUAUAUGCAGCAGGUCUGUAUGCUAACAUGGGAAACUACAAGUCUUUUGGAGACACCAAGUUCAUCCCAAAUCUACCUAAGGACAAGCUGAAAGCUCUGGUGUGGGCCAGCCAGGCAUUUCAGGAGCAGUCUGCUGAAAUGGAGGUUCUGUGGAACUGCUGUUCAUAUCUCCUCUACUCCCUGGAAGACAAACAGAAACAGCUGGGGCUGGGCGACAAGGGAAUUACCACCUACUUCUCAGGAAACUGCUGUCUGGAGGAUGCUGAGCUGGCUCAGAAGUUCCUUGACUCAAAAAAACUGUCUGCUUACAACACCCGUCUGUUUAAGAGAGACAAUGGAGGGAAAGCUUGCUAUGAGGUGCGCUUGGCUUCAGCUGUGCAGAAAGACUGUGCAGUAGAUGGGGAAUGUGAGACAUGCUGCGGCAGCUUCAACUUUGAAGGCAAAGAGUUCACUGUGAAGAGGGGAGACUAUGCUCCUCUCAUGGAGAAAGUCUGCUUCUAUCUCGAACAAGCACAGGCUUACGCUGCCAAUGACAACCAGAGAAAGAUGCUCGAAGAGUACAGGCGCAGCUUCACCUUUGGCUCAAUUGAAGCCCAUAAAGACGGCUCACGCUAUUGGAUCAAAGACAAGGGACCGAUAGUUGAGAGUUACAUAGGUUUCAUAGAGAGCUACAGAGACCCAUUUGGCUCCAGAGGAGAGUUUGAAGGUUUCAUUGCUGUUGUGAACAAGGCGAUGAGUGAGCGUUUUGCGAAGCUGGUGAGCUCAGCAGAAGUCUUGCUUCCUGAGCUACCUUGGCCCAGGGAGUUUGAGAAGGACGCUUUCCUUAAACCUGACUUCACCUCACUGGAUGUCCUAACAUUUGCUGGGAGCGGAAUACCAGCUGGCAUCAACAUCCCUAACUAUGAUGAGAUCAGACAGUCAGAGGGUUUUAAAAAUGUGUCGCUAGGCAAUGUGCUGGCUGUAGCCUAUGCCACCCAAAAAGAAAAACUCACCUUCCUGGAGGAGGAAGACAAGGAUUUGUUUAUCAAGUGGAAGGGCCCGUCAUUUGAGGUGCAGGUUGGGCUUCAUGAGCUCUUGGGCCAUGGAAGUGGAAAGCUGUUUGUCCAGGAUGACAGAGGCAAGUUCAACUUUGACCAGAGUAAGGUGAUCAACCCAGAAACUGGAGAAUCAGUGUCCAGCUGGUACCAGGGCAGUGAGACCUGGGACAGUAAAUUCUCCACGAUUGCUUCCUCUUAUGAAGAAUGCCGUGCUGAGUGUGUUGGACUCUAUCUGUGCUUCAACAAGCAAGUGCUCAGUAUUUUUGGCCUUGAAGGUCAGGAUGCAGAGGAUGUGGUGUAUAUCAACUGGCUCAGUAUGGUUAGAGCUGGACUGUUGGGCCUGGAGUUUUACACACCUGAGACCAAGAGCUGGAGACAGGCUCACAUGCAGGCUCGUUUUGUGAUCCUGCGUGUACUGCUGGAGGCUGGGGAGGGCCUGGUGGGCCUGGAGGAAGUGACCGGACAGGACGGCAAGCCUGACAUUCGAAUCACACUGGACCGAAGCAAGAUCCACACUGUGGGGAAAAGUGCCAUCCACAGGUUCCUUUGUAAACUGCAGGUCUUUAAAUCCACAGCGGAUGUGGAAGGAGGAAGAGCUCUGUAUGACAGCUACUCCACUGUCGGUGACAGCGGCGCUCACAACUUCUUGCGACUGCGGGAGACAGUCCUGCUAAGGAAGGAAGAUCGUAAGAUGUUUGUCCAGGCCAAUACCAGAGUCAGUGGCGACAGUGUAGAGCUGCUGGAAUACGAAGGCAGUGCAGCUGGUUUGAUUCAGUCCUUUACUGAGCGCUUCCAAGAUGAUGCAGAGCAGCUGGAGGCUGACCUUUUGGAGCUGAGCAAAAGAGACGCACCCUGCUGGUGUUAAUGGAAAUCUGCUUCAAAAAUACCGACUGACAUCAGACUUUCAACCUUAUGUGAUUGCAAAGUGAUUCUCAAUAGACGUUAAAACACAAAACCGAAGUGAUUCAAAUCCUUUCAAGGUUUUAUACUUCAGGUGAAGCCAUAAGACAACAACACAACUGCCAAAGACACCAGCCACAAUUUUUCUUUAAGUUUCAGGUCUGUCUUUGCUAAUUGGAUCAAUUACAAAUAAAUGAGCUAAUUAGUAUGACACAUCACACUUUCAGAAACAUUUUGGAAACAUAUUUUGUAAUGGUAAAUAACAAACUCACCAUUAAACCAAUGCUACUUGUCAGUGACAUAUAAAGGCAUGUGGAAGUAACUGUAGCUGGUUUUCACUUUUUAAUUGUGACAAGGUAAAAUAUUGGUUUCACAAAUCUUGACAGAAUGAUCACUGUGAAAUAUGAGGCUAAAAAUUACUCCAUCUCUGUAGCUUGCUCAUUAAGUCAAAUGUUUGACCAGCCUUGAUGUUGAUGAUUGACAGCUUUAAAGUAGCUGCUGUGAGAACCUAAUGUUGACUGUAAGGUAAAAUAAUACUUGAUGCUAUUUUUUGCCAGGUAUAGUAUGAAGCUGUCACAGAUUUACUUGAUUGUGUGAUAAACUGCAGUGUCUGGAAUGUCUAAAAGAAAAUGUAGUGUUGGAUCUGCACAAAUAAAAUAAGUUUAAUGAAGUCUUAAAA